AUGUCCCCAUCCUUGACUGAAGAGUCCCAAACUUCUAAGAAGUACGACUUUGGCACCAGAGGGGCCCACAACAUUGCCAAAGGUGGAGAACACCCGCAUCUUAUACCUUCUUUUGAUGAUCCCCUUGCCGAACGCAAAUGGGUAUUAGAACAUGCUGCAGGGGCAUUCCGUGUCUUCGCUCGAAUGGGCUACUGUGAAGGCGAAGCGGGUCAUAUUUCUGUGCGAGAUCCAGUGGACCCUCAGACGUUCUUCAUCAAUCCAUUGGGUGUUCAUUUUGCCAUGAUCAUGCCAUCAGAUUUGGUUCAUGUUGGUGCAGACGGCUCCAUUUUGCCUGAUGGUAACCAAGCCCCAAUCAAUGCGGCGGGAUACUCCAUUCAUCUGGCUCUACUUAAAGCUCGCCCAGAUAUAAAUGCUGCGUGUCACACACAUUCCAUCCAUGGCCGUUCGUUCUCUACGUUUGGGCGGCCAUUGGAAAUGUUGAACCAAGAUGCGUGCAUUUUUUACAAUAACCAGGCAGUAUACACCAAUUUUGGAGGAGUGGCCAUUGAAGGAGAGGAGGGACUUGAAAUUGCAGAGGCUGCCAAAGGUACACGCAAUGUCAUUUUGCAAAAUCACGGGCUCCUUACUAUGGGAAAGACGGUCGAUGAGGCUGCGUACAUGUUUACAUUAAUGGAAAAUAGUUGCCAUGCCCAGCUUAUGGCCGAUGCUGCAGCUGCAAGCGGAAUUGAAAAGAAAUACAUUUCUGAUGAUGUUGCAGCAUAUUCAGCCUUUGUGACUAAUGAUAGUGAAACAAUGUAUGGUUCGUUCCAGCCAGAGUUUAAUUAUCAAGUGAGAUUGGACAAGAGUGAGUUUCUAGCAACUUAG